AUGGCAGAGGAACGUUCUCCCGUAAAGGCGGCAAGUCAGGGGUGCACCUUUCUCUUCAGAAAGUUUGGUGGGCGAAAAGGGGCUGCAGGCCUCCGGAAGCGCCCCUGCAACCAAGAGCCCGACGACUGCAGCAGCAGCGGUGACGAAGGCAGCACUGUGUUCCGCCCGAAAAAGAAGCGCGCGGCCCACAAUCCGCUGAUACAGAAGACCCGUGGCGAUGGUAAACAGCAGGCGCCUUGCAAUGCCUUGAAUGGCGAGGAGGAGGAGGAGGAGAACCACCGGGAGAGUGUCGGCGUGGUCUACCAGUCCACCCGCUCGGAGAAACCCGUGGGGCCAGAGGACAUGGGGGCGACUGCUGCCUACGAGCUAGACACAGAGAGGCAGCGCGAUGCACAAGCCAUCUCAGAGCGCAGCCAGAAGAUCCGGGAGGGGCUGAGAGGCAAGGAAGAUGACAAGAUCUACCGGGGAUUCAGUAAUUAUCAGAAAUACAUGAAGCCCAACGGUACGUCACUGGGCGGUGCUUCCUCCGGGAUGGUGAGGAAGGGCCCCAUCCGAGCUCCCGAGCAUCUGCGUGCCACCGUGCGCUGGGAUUACCAGCCCGACGUUUGCAAAGACUACAAGGAGACUGGUUUUUGUGGCUUUGGAGACAGCUGCAAAUUCCUCCAUGAUCGUUCAGAUUACAAGCAUGGGUGGCAGAUUGAACGUGAGCUUGAUGAAGGUCGCUAUGGUGUCUGUGAGGACGGAAACUAUGAAGUGGGAAGCGAUGAGGAGGAAAUACCAUUCAAGUGUUUCAUCUGUCGCCAGACCUUCCAAAACCCGGUUGUCACCAAGUGCAGGCAUUAUUUCUGUGAGAGCUGUGCACUGCAGCACUUCCGCUCCACCCCGCGCUGCUAUGUCUGUGACCAGCACACCAAUGGCGUCUUCAAUCCAGCAAAAGAACUGAUUGCUAAACUGGAGAAGCAUCGAGCUACAGAAGAUGGUGUUGCUUCCAAUUUCCCAUUAGAUACUGAUAAUGGUUCAAUUUCUGUUGCUUAG